AUGCGGGGGCUGCUGAUUUUGAGUGUGCUGCUGGUGGUUGUCUUUGGCAAAGAGGACUUUGUGGGGCACCAGGUGCUCCGAAUCUCUGCAGCUGAUGAAGCCCAGGUACAGAAGGUGAAGGAGCUGGAGGAGCUGGAGCACCUGCAGCUGGACUUCUGGCGGGGCCCCGCCCGGCCCGGAUCCCCCAUCGACAUCCGAGUGCCCUUCCCCAGCGUCCAGGCUGUGAAAAUCUUCUUGGAGGCCCACGAUAUCAGCUACACAAUUAUGAUCGAGGAUGUGCAGUCGCUGCUGGACCGGGAGCAGGAGCAGAUGUUCGCCUUCCAGGCCCGUGCCCGCUCCACGGACACCUUCAACUACGCCACCUACCACACCCUGGACGAGAUCUAUGACUUCCUGGACUUGCUGGUGGCUGAGAACCCACAGUUUGUCAGCAAGAUCGAAAUAGGCAAUACCUAUGAAGGCCGCCCCAUUUACGUGCUGAAGUUCAGCACUGGGGGAAGCAGCCGUCCAGCCAUCUGGAUCGACACGGGCAUCCAUUCCCGGGAGUGGAUCACCCAGGCCAGUGGGGUCUGGUUUGCAAAGAAGAUUGUACAGGACUUUGGCCAGGAUGUAGUUCUCACUGCCAUUCUUAAUAGCAUGGACAUCUUCCUGGAGAUUGUCACCAACCCUGAUGGUUUUUACUUCACACACAGCCAGAAUCGCUUGUGGCGCAAGACCCGAUCCCUCAUGUCAGGCUCUGCCUGUGUCGGGGUGGAUGCCAACAGGAACUGGGACGCUGGCUUUGGGUUGCCUGGAGCCAGCAGCAACCCCUGCGCAGAGACUUAUCACGGCAAGUCUGCCAAUUCUGAAACAGAAGUCAAAGCCAUCGUGGACUUUGUGAAGGCCCAUGGGAAGAUCAGGGCAUUCAUUUCCAUCCACAGCUAUUCCCAGCUCCUCCUCUAUCCUUAUGGCUACAAACAAGAAGCAGCUCCUGAUCAAGCAGAGCUGGAUCAGCUGGCCAAGUCUGCUGUGACUGCCCUGGCUUCUCUAUAUGGGACCGAGUUCAAGUAUGGGAGCAUCAUUGACACAAUUUACCAAGCGAGUGGAAACACCGUUGACUGGACCUACAGCCAGGGCAUCAAGUACUCCUUCACCUUUGAGCUCCGGGACACCGGGCGCUACGGUUUCCUCCUGCCGGCCGCCCAGAUCAUCCCCACGGCCCAAGAGACGUGGCUGGCACUGCUGACCAUUAUGGAGCAUGCUCACAAGAACCCCUACUGAGCUGGCCCAUCAGCACCCACCUCUUCCUCCUCUCUGACUCCACCUAGGAAACCAAAUAAAGUUUGCUUGU